AUGUCAAACAACAUCAAUCAAUGCACUUGCUCUGCAACGUUUUCGACAAAUGAAGCCUUGAGCAAUCAUGUUGCAGAAUAUCGAUUUCAGGAGAGCUACAUGUCCACCCAGCUUGAGAAAUGCCGAGCCCACGCGAUAGCCACUAGUGACAACGGUAAUGAGGAUGACCACCGUGAGCAAGGCAGUUGUGUUGACAAGUGCGACAAACCAUCUCCCAUGGCCAAGAUCUGUCCUCAUGAAGACUGCGAACGGACAAAACCUUUUACAACAGGGCAGAGGCUUCGGCGCCACUUUCAGCAACGUGAUUUUGUGCACCCUUUCAUCAUAAAACUGUUAGCUAACGUGAAAGUGCAGAUGUCACUUGCGAAGAAACUGGCAAGCGAGUUCAUGAGGCAUGUCGAAGUAAACCACAAGCAAGAAAAUGGCCGAAAGGCAAACUAUAUGCAGAUGACGUAUCAGGAGUUAGCGAGCCAUGUUGCCAAUGAACUGGAUACUGCAAAUAAAACAGCAAGUCUGAGGAGCGCUGGUAAGAAAAGAAGUUGGGAUGUGGCGGACAUGGACGCAGCGCCAUCGAAAGCUCGGAGAACUAAGUUGAACACCAUGAGUGUACGAGGGAUGGACCACACUCAGCAUGCUACUGGCGUAUCAACAUUCUUCUCGUCCAUGCCAUUAGCUACAACCUUCAACCCAAUUCAAGAUGCCACGGGGGGCACAUUGUUGAGCAGCCUGGAAGAUAUUUCAACCCAAGGUUUUCAUCCUGACCUGGUAGGACAAGAAGGGCAGCUCUCUGGCGACACUUACGACGCUCCUCUUUUACAGAUGAUAAGCUCCAUUCCAUGUACCGGAGACAUGGGCUGGGUCGAAGAGAUGAUUGGACAGAAAAUUUAG